AUGUUGUCCGAGGACGAGCAAAAGCGGCAGUUGUAUAACCGCCAGGAGUAUGUGGUAGGGUCGGAGACGCAGGCGAGGUACGGCUCGACGAAUGUGCUCGUCGUUGGCGCCAAAGGCCUCGGUGCGGAAAUUAUCAAGAACAUCGUGCUCACUGGCGUGAAGAGCGUCAAGGUGCUGGACAACGCCGUGGUCACCAUCGAGGAUCUUGGCACCAACUUUUUUUUGCGGCCGGAUGAUGUAGGGAAGCCACGCGGUGCUGCUGUGGCGCAGGCCGCCAAGGAGCUCAACCGCUUCGUCGAAGUCUCAUCUGUUAGUGGCGACCCGCUCUUGCACAUCCCCGUGGUGCACGUGGUGAUCUACACGAAUGCCUACACGUCUACCCUGACGGUGGCGAACGAUGUGGCGCGAGAGAACAAGGUGAGGUUCAUCAGCUGCGAGAGUCGCGGUGUUUGCGGCUGCAUCUUCGUAGAUGGCGGCGAAUCACUGGACAUUGUGGACUCGGACGGCGAGGAUACUGUGACGUGUGUUGUGACAGCCUUGUCGCCGGAUGGUCUCGUCACGUUACACGAAGACAAGAAUCACGAGUGCGAGACGGGCAGCAAGGUUUACUUUACAGGCCUCUCGGCGCUACCGCAGGCUAACACGACAGAGCCGGCGGUGCCGUCGGCGUGGAAGCUGUUUGAGGUGGCGGAGGUAAUCUCGCCACACACUAUGCGACUGAAAGGCAUUGCUGACCUCGUCAGCGCUGGCGUAGUCGUUGAUGUCGGGACGAGCGCCUACCUGCACACCACCAAGAAGGGGCGGAGGGAGCACUACAGAACGCUGGCCGAGAGUCUUCACAACCCCGAGUGCCUCAUGAUUUUCGAUAAAGAGGAGAAGUGCGUGGCAGCCGCCACGCUGCACGCGAUGUUCACCGCGGUUGCCCGCCACGGCAACGUGCCAACCUCACCCGCUGAAGUGGAGACUAUCGUGAAGGUGGCGCAGUCCAUCAACCCAGGCGCAGAGGCACCCAUCAUGCGCAUGCUGCUGCCUGUCUUUGGUGGCGACCUGAACCCGAUGACGUGCUUCAUUGGUGGCAUGGCGGCGCAGGAGGCACUGAAGGUGUGCAGCGGGAAGUUCACACCGCUGCACCAGUGGAUGUACUACGACGCGCGUGAGGUGCUGCAGGCGUGGCAGUACGGAGCAAAGACCAUGUCUGCGUCGGCAUUGUGCUCUUCGGCGGCGGUGUUUCCCGAUGCGCCGGCGGCGCCAUCGCGGUACGCCGGUCAGGAGGCAGUGCUUGGCCACGCGUUUCAGCAGUACCUGCGGCAGCAGAAGGCGUUCAUCGUCGGUGCCGGCGCGCUCGGCUGCGAGCUCAUCAAGAACGUCGCGUUGAUGGGAUUCGGUGAGGUGUCCAUUACAGACAUGGACACAAUUGAGAUGAGCAAUUUGUCUCGGCAGUUUCUCUUCCGCAACCACCAUAUUGGCCGUCCGAAGUCCGUCGUGGCAGCUGAGGCGGCCGGCCACAUCAACGCCGAGGUGAAGAUUACACCACACGAGGCCAAGAUGGCACCGGAGACGGAGGUGAUCUUUAACGAGGACUUUUGGGCGCAGCAGGCGGUCAUUCUCAAUGCGCUGGACAACGUUGCGAGUCGCAAGUACGUGGACUCCCGCUGUCUGUUUUAUCAGAAGCCGCUGCUGGAGAGCGGUACGCUUGGCACAAAGUGCAACAUGCAGCCCAUCAUACCGUUUGUGACCGAGAGCUACAGCAGCAGCUACGACCCGCCCGAGAAGGGCAUUCCGCUCUGCACUCUCAAGAACUUCCCGAACGCGAUCGAGCACACGAUUCAGUGGGCCCGCGACUUGUUUCACCUGCUCUUUGUCAGCGUUCCGGCAGACGUGAACCAGUACCUGGACGACCCGGUAGCCUUCGCAAACAAUCUGCGCAACGACCCGGCUGCUGCUGAUACAGUCAUGCAUAACGUGAACGACGCGCUGCGCCGGUGGCCCAAGAACGAGGAGGAGUGUGUACGACUCGCGCGCCUUCUAUACCAGGAGCACUUCAACGAUGGCUUCCGCCAGCUUCUGCACAACAUCCCCCUUGACAAGCGCACCGAGGAUGGGCAGCUGUUCUGGAGCGGCGCAAAGAAGCCACCAAAGCCGCAGGAAUUCAAUGCCGGCUCGGAGCAGGACAUCGAGUUUGUCUACCACUGCGCCUGCCUCUUCGCCAAGGUGUACCAGCUGCCACCCUUCUCGCUCUCCAAGGAGGAGACCGUAAGGCAAGCAGCGGCAGUGACGGUGCCUCAUUUUGUGCCCCGCCACGCUGUGUUUGCCACGUCUGAGAGGCAGACGUCGCAGCAGACGUCUUUGUCGAGCGGACUGACGGUGGAGCAGCUGCCCGUGGUCACCCAAUUUGGCACUCGCCGCAUGCGCGCUGAGGAGUUUGACAAGGACGACAUCACAAACCACCACGUGCAGUUUAUCACUUACGGCUCCAACCUACGCGCGCGGGCCUACAACAUCCCUGCCGCUGACUUCAACCAGACAAAGCGCAUUGCAGGCAACAUCAUCCCUGCCAUGGUGACAACCACGUCUCUUGUCACGGGGCUCGUCGGCUUUGAGCUGCUCAAGUACCUUCUCAUACAGUUUCACCAUGCGCGUAAGUCCGCAGCAGCGGGAACUGGCAGCAGCCACGGCGAAAAGUUCUACCUUGACGCAGAUGAAGAGCCGGAGAAGCUGGUGACGCUCUUUCGCAGCGCCUUUGUGAAUAUCGCUCUUCCAUUCAUUGCCUUCUCGGAUCCGAUCGUCGCGCAGAGUCGCUCGUACGCGCUGCCGAGCGGCAAGAAGCUGCGGUGGGGCAUCUGGGACCGCCUCGACAUCUCGGAGGGUCGUGACAUGUUCGUCAAGGAGCUAGUUCAGCUGCUGCGUGAUCGCUACGAGCUCGAGGUGUUCAUGAUUGCGCUCCAAAAUGGAAAGAUGAUCUACACUGAGUUUGGUGGGAAGGCGGCGGACAAGGAGAAGCGCGUCUCGGAGGUGGCCCAGUCGAAAGGCGAAACGCUGCUGGAUGGCAUCGACUACUUUGAUCUCGUCGUCACGGGGAUGAUUGGCGACGACGAUGAGGUUGAUGUGCCUAUCAUCCGCUACCGCUAUCGUUUCUAA